AUGAAGACGACUGCAGUCGCCGGACUGCUUCUCGCGUGGUCAACAAUCGCCUUCGCAGAACAACAAUACGCGGCACAAGUUGGUGCUUACGUCGAGCGGUCAGGCUUGGAACUGGGUUUACAGGAUCGGGAAAUUGCAGAGAGGGACUGCACCACCUACACCGCCACUGCGACACGCGCCAUACCGUCGUCGGCGACAUGCGCGGCAACGGUAACCCAGACCGUAUAUCCCGGGUCUGAGGAUAUCGACCCGUUCAUCAUCGCCCAUCUCCGGGAGUUUGGACAAGAGUUCUGCACGUCUUACAACAACUACACGGCGCCAGUUGUUACGGCGGAGCCCGGAACUGCAACCAUCACAGAAACUGCCGCUGUAACUACCGAGGUUGUCACCGCGUCUAGCGUGGUCAUUAUUACAAGUACGCGAGGAGUGCCAGUCAAGCGUGGCCUCUCAGAGCAGAAGAGAGCUCCGAACAACGAUUACGGCAUCGUUGUUGAAGAUGUGGCAGGGGAGUAUGAAAACAAGCCGACGCCGGCCAAGAGGCACGUCCAGAGACACGUCCACCAGACUCCCGUAGCAAACAAGCGGAACAACUACGGCAUCAUCGUCAAGACCGCUGCCCCGGAGUUCGCGGACAAGCCGUCGCCAGCCAAGAGGAACGUCGAGAAGAGAGAAGUCUCAACACCAGGCCCCAUCGCCUCCUUCCCACCCUACCUAAUCUCCGAGGCCUGCUCCUCCGUCGCAACCGGCAACAUCACCGUCAAUCGAACCACUUCCGUCGCCCCUAUCACAACUACAGACCGCCCGGUCUCCACCUCCACAACGACCGUCUAUACCACAGAAACAGUCCCCGGCAUUGUUCUCGCCUCCCCAACGGCCCUUGUAGGCGACACCAACAGCUCCCCCGACAACUACGACGACCAGUCCUACGACCUCGCCCUCCCCUUCGCCAUCGGCGCUUACGGCGUCUACAGCGACAACAUGUGGCUAUCGACAAACGGCUUGAUCACGGUAACCAUGGAGCGCGACUACAACAACCGGCCCUUACCCGCCGCCGACGUGCCCAGCUUGACCGUCUUCGCGUUCUGGACGGAUUUGUACAUCCGGCAGGGAUAUCCGCAGGGGAUCUUCUACGAGAUUACGGGACCGAUGGGGAGCAGGAAUCUGACGUUUGAGUUCUAUACCACACGGAGGGCGCAUUGGGAGGAGUAUUAUCAUUUUACGGUCACGUUUUACGAGGCGGAGCAGGGGAUCAUUGAUUUGAGGUACUACGAGAUGAGCGGUGAUGGGGUUGUGGGGACGGUUGGGGUGCAGGAUCGGACCGCCAACAGGUACCUGCAGUACUCGCACCUGCAGCCGAUCGUGUAUCCGGGACUGCAUCUUCGGUUCGAUACGACGGGCACGGAUAACGGCACGAUUGUUACGCUCUGA